AUGGCUAAGCCACUCCGAGUACUCACCUGGAACUGUGUUAGCUCUGCCAGCAAAGGACAGGCGAAGGCCACCCGGGCUAAGAAUAAGCCAAAUUCGAGCACAGAAGGAACGGGACUGGCACUGCCAGACGCCCAAUCCCAUGCCCUGCAUGAUGACAAGCGAGCAGAUGGAGUGAUGGUCCUGACUGCCCCGCACAUUCCAAAAGACACGGUCAGAUGGAAAGAGUAUCAGAAGGGACGUGUCCUUGAGAUAGUCUUUCAGUGGAAGGGAGCUCGAGUACAUGUUGUGUCAGUAUACCAGCACGUAUGGUCGACCUCAAAAACUGCACAGAAAAACAGAGAAGACAGAUCCACCACCCUCGCUGCUCUGUCCCGUGCCAUCCGAGGAACACCGCAGAGAGACACCCUGAUAGUGCUGGGCGACUUCAACUCGACCCUACAGUCGAGCCCAGGAGCGGUUGGCUUGUGCACUCCAGGACCUCCUCCACAUCGAAAGACCGAAGACGAAUACUUCCAACGGCUGGUUCAGGGACAUGGAUUAGUUGCGCUGAACACCUGGUCUUCAGGGAAAGGGUUUACUUUCCGAACAGCCACAACGCAAUCUCAAUUAGACUACAUCCUAGUCCCGAAGACUAUCUCCCGAAGUGAUGCUAAGAAGAGCAAGCCAAUCGACAAUUUUCCGCUCGGGAAAUGGAAGAAGGGUGGCCAUCUCCCCGCACAAGAAAUGAAGGAGUGGGUCGCUGACCAACUUCAGCAGCUGACUCCUCCGGACAUGAACGAGGUCAAUGACAUCCUCAUACGUGCUUCCGAGAGAUACUUUCCGCGUGCAGACCACGAGGUGUUGGUCAAUGACCUGGCGACUUGGCAUAAGCAAGCAGUAUUAUUGGCAAAGAAGCAACGAGUAGCUGACUUCACAAAGGAGGUGGAUCACGCAGCCAAUACGGGAGAUUCCUACUUAAGCCACAAAACCCUGAAAACUCUUCGACCCUGGCAACCGCAGCCGAAAACACAGUUGGUUAACCAGGACGGAUACUUGAUGGCAGCCGAGGAGGAACUCCAGCUGAUGACAGAUCAUGCUAAGGCAGUGUUCCAGAGGCAUGACAGGCUAGAUGUGCUGGUGAAUACACUGCCACACCUGCAAGCUCCAGCAUUGGCCAAGCACAUCGGUUCCAUACGGUUCAGCUUCGGCAGCAGCGUGGAAACUGUGCUCAGCCUCGACAGGAGACGUGCUCCAGCAAUACUGCCAGGCACAGAGCCUAAAAGCUGA